AGCCUUUUCCAUAAUAUAUCAAUUUACUUCCUCCUUCAUUUCCUGAUCAUUUAUGUAACAAAACUAUGUGGUAUUUUCUGAUCCACUCAAUUUUCUGCAAUUCCAUACGUAACUCCAGCUCCUUUUCUCUUUCAGCAUACAAUAGCUUUUUAGUUAUUUAAAAAAAAUUCUAUUCUUUAUUUCUUGGAAUGAGUUUUCACUUGGUAGGUGUGUGGGAAAUGCGAAAUUGAGGUGGGUUCUGGUAAAUCUUAGUGGUUUUGCUUUUUGAUUGAAUUUAGUUUGAGAAUGACGGCAGUGGCAUGCCAUAAUCUUGAGUUUGGAAGAACAAUGUUGGAUUUUUUGGCUUGUGGAUGCACUUCAAAUGCCUCUUUUGACCGAUUUCCUGUAAGGAGUUAUGCUAAGGGAGCGGUUAGAAAUGUCAACAGAGGCUAUAAACCUCGAAAAUUGGUGUGUUUUCAGCCUGAAAUUGGUCCACAGACAAAAACUCCAGAAGCUUUGCUCACAGCGGUUACAGCAGAUACUCCACAAGUGCUAGAUUUGAAGAAAGAGUUAAGAAGCCCUGCUUCGCUGACAAAUUUAUUUGAAGUAGUUGCUGAAGACCUUCAAACACUGAACAAGAAUUUGCAGUCAAUUGUUGGUGCAGAAAAUCCAGUAUUGAUGUCUGCUGCUGAGCAAAUCUUUGGGGCUGGUGGAAAGAGGAUGAGACCGGCUUUAGUUUUUUUAGUAUCAAGAGCCACUGCAGAAAUUGUUGGCUUGAAGGAACUGACAAAAGAACAUAGAAGGUUAGCCGAGAUCAUUGAAAUGAUCCACACUGCAAGUUUGAUACAUGACGAUGUAUUAGAUGAAAGUGACAUGCGAAGAGGAAAGGAGACUCUGCAUCAAUUAUAUGGUACAAGAGUGGCGGUGCUGGCAGGUGAUUUUAUGUUUGCACAGUCAUCAUGGUACCUGGCCAAUCUCGAAAAUCUCGAAGUCAUAAAGCUUAUCAGCCAGGUGAUUAAAGAUUUUGCUAGUGGUGAAAUAAAGCAGGCAUCUAGUUUGUUUGACUGUGAUGUUCAACUGGAGGAAUAUCUGAUCAAGAGUUAUUACAAAACUGCCUCCUUGAUUUCUGCUAGCACCAAAGGAGCCUCCAUUUUCAGCGGGGUCAACAGUUAUAUUAGCGAGCAGAUGUAUCAGUAUGGUAAGAACUUUGGUCUCUCCUUCCAAAUUGUUGAUGACAUUCUGGACUUCACUCAAUCAGCCGAGCAACUGGGAAAACCGGCGGGAAGUGACCUGGCAAAUGGUAACCUAACUGCACCAGUGAUAUUUGCACUAAAGAAAGAAGCAAGAUUGAGGGAUAUAAUUGAAUCUGAAUUUUGCGACACUGGAUCUCUCGAAGAGGCCAUUGAGAUUGUCAAAAGAUGUGGAGGAAUACACAGGGCACAAGACUUGGCAAGAGAGAAAGCUAAUCUAGCAGUUCAGAAUCUUCAAUGCCUCCCUCUGAAUUCAUUUCGUAUAGCGCUGGAAGAGCUGGUGAAGUAUAACUUGGAACGAAUAAAAUAAAUGACAAUUCGUCCAAGUCACACGACAGUUUGACAUCAAAUCAAUUCUCGACAUGCAAUCAUUGGAUGAGCAGAUGGAAUAAGUCUAGUUAGUAAAGUUGAAGCCUCUGCCAUUGCAAAUGGUUCUUCACUGGAAGUGCCAUUAUAGAAAGCAGCUUGUGUCCUGAAAAUUUUAUAUAAUGCUGAUAUAAUUUAUCUAUAGUAAGGCCUUUUUGGACAUCGGCCAAAAGGGAAAACUAAAAUUUCUUAUUGUUGUACACUAGUUACUUUUCGUCUA